GGACUGACCUUCGCCAAACAAGGAUCGCUGCCUAAGCUUCCCAUUCCCGAUCUGGGGAACUCCCUUAAACAAGUUUUGAUGUCACUGGAGUCAUGCACGAGACCUGCCGAGUUCAAACAGAUUAAAAUAGCCGCGGAAGAGUUUGAAAAUGGAGAAGGAAAAGUGUGCCAGAAGAUUUUGGUGGAGUCGACCGGGUCAAACAAGCAAUGGAUUAAGUCUGCGCUUCCCAACUACGGGCGGCUCUAUUCGAGGCACGAGGCCCCGAUUUUGAGCACGGGGAUAGUCGCUCCGUUCAUUUUCGACCUCUGGCCCCCUAAAAAAGAUUCUCAGCUCGAUCGAGCGGCCAUGGUGAUUGACCUCGCUUUAGAAUUUUGGCUGCUCAUCAGGAAAGAAACCCUCCGACCCGUGAUGGAUCCCAAGGGGCAUCAGAUCUGCAUGAAUCAGUUCCGAAAGCUUUUCUCUGCAGCGCGAAUUCCGGGGAAGCCCUGUGACGCCACCUUCACCCUGUUCCACACCGUUUCGGACCAAGAGGACACACCGAGGCACAUCGUGGUCAUUUACCGCGGCCAGAUUUUCACCGUGGUCGUCGUCGACUCUCACGACGUCCCGAUCCGACUGCUGAGCAUCCAAGCCAACCUGGAGCAUAUCGUGUACUCAGUGGACGGCGGAUUCGUGGAAAUGGGCCCCGGAGUCGGAUCUCUGACGUCAAUGAACCGAGACGACUGGUCGUGCACGCGGGUCAAGCUGAUGCAGACUGAUGAGAACAACCGAGAGUGCCUCAUGGUCAUCGAGGAGGCCAUAUUCGUGCUCAGCCUCGACGCCGUCGUCUCGCACAACACCGACCUUUUGCCCCACGAGGCCAUUUUCGGGGACGGCUGCAACCGCUGGUACGACAAAAGCCUGAAUUUCUACGUCUAUAAAAAUGGAGUGGUGACCAUCAACGCCAACACGUCGCUGGUCGACGGUUCGAUGCUGGCCAUUCUCCUGCAUUACAUGCACCUGAGGAUCCUGGAGGACACCGAGAAAUGGGAUGACGAUGUGGUCCAAAGUCUGAGCAAAACAGCCAUCGCCUCCAGCGCCUCCGGCAUGUUUGACGAAUGGUUUACCCAGAAGCCGAAGAGGGGCAGCGAUACGUCGGAUAUCGUCCUGACCAGCAGAAUCAGCCUCAGCCCAAAACGAUGGGGUUCCCUGGAUCCGGUUUCUGUCCCAAGACAACUGCAGUUUACUAUCGAACCUGAAGUGCUGGAGAGUAUCGAAGUCGCCCAGAUGCAUUUCUCGAAUCUCGCCGCGUCCGUGGAGAUAGCUACGUGCAAGUUUGAAGAGUACGAGGCUAACGCAUUCAGUUCGAGGGAGAUAAACACCGACGCCUUCGCCCACAUGGUUAUUCAUUUGGCGUUCUUCACGAUGUACUUCCGCAUCGCUUCCAUUGGAUCAAGGGUCAGCCUGAAGCGGUUCUACCACGGGCGCCACGAAAUCAUGAGCACGACCACCAACGAAAUGGCCCAGUGGGUUAGGAUCAUGAGGGACCCGAAAGCCGACGCGGUGAUCAAGAAAGAGAGCUUCUGGAAGGCGGAGAAGAGGCACAGGGAGCUGCUGAAAGAUAACUGUUCCGGCCAGGGCUGUCACAACCACAUGGCCGCGCUCAGGGUUAUAGCCCAAGACAACCUCGCGGAGACCCCGAGGCUGUUUCAAGACGACUGCAUCCCCUGGGGCGAGCGUUUCGAGAUCUAUUCGGCCAGCCUAGGGGUCGGGUGCACGUCUUACGUGGCCGUCCUGCCCAAUUCCACAAAAGGUUACGGGCUGGGGUAUUUCGUCGCCAACACCAAAAUCAUCUACUGUGUUUCCUCGUGGAAGGAAGAGAGCUCGAAAAGCGCUAAGCUGUUUGCGUUCAGUUUGUAUAACACCCUGUCAUUUUUGAAAGAAUUUAUCUAUUCGUUAUAA